GUAGUAGUUCCAAAUUCUGUUGGAAUGAUGGGAUUAAUCUGAGUUCCCUUUCCCCUACCCCACCCGUCUCCCCAGCUUGCAUUCGGAUCCGUUUAAAUCAAAUCGCAUAUUCCCGUCUUAAAACUUACAACUUACGAUGUUGUUCUAGCUACUGUAAUCAUUUUGGCAGUUGGCUUCGCGUCACUUCAACAUCUUUCCCUCUUCCUGCACUGGAUUGCGAUAUUACUUUCACAUGUUCUACACUUAUUUCCCAAUAGUUUCAAUUUCUGUUUAUCAAUUUCCGAGUUUUGAGAUCUCAGCUGUGGGUAUCAUCAAUGGGCAGCUCGGAAGAAAGAGUUGUUGCCGUGAUCAUGGUGGGAGGCCCUACUAAAGGAACUAGAUUUAGGCCAUUGUCACUGAAUAUCUCGAAACCGCUUUUUCCACUGGCAGGACAGGCUAUGGUUCUUCAUCCUAUUACUGCUUGUAAACGGAUCCCAAAUCUGGUUCAGAUCUUCCUCAUUGGUUUUUAUGAAGAGCGUGAAUUCGCAUUGUUUGUUUCGUCCAUUUCUAAUGAGCUUCGGGUGCCUGUGAGAUAUUUGAAAGAGGACAAGCCUCAUGGUUCAGCUGGUGGACUUUAUAACUUCAGGGAUAGGAUCAUGGAAGAAAAUCCGUCACACAUUUUUUUGCUGAAUUGCGAUGUUUGUUGCAGUUUUCCACUGCCAGAAAUGCUAGAAGCUCACAGAAGAUACGGUGGAAUUGGGACAAUCUUGGUGAACAAGGUUUCUCCUGAAUCCGCAUACCAGUUUGGCGAACUUGUGGCUGAUCCUGAUACGAAUGAAUUGUUGCAUUAUACUGAGAAACCUGAGACCUUUGUUAGUGACCGUAUUAACUGUGGAGUCUAUGUGUUUAGCCCGGGCAUCUUUACAGCUAUUCAAGGUGUAUCCACACAACGAAAGGAAAGAGCUACCCUAAGGCGUGUAACCAGCUUUGAAGCACUUCAACCUGCAAACAGGAGUCUUCCUACAGAUUUUGUGAAAUUGGAUCAAGAUAUUCUAUCUCCACUUGCUGGGAAGAAGCAGUUUUAUGUAUACGAAACCCUUGAUUUUUGGGAACAAAUUAAAACUCCCGGAAUGUCACUGAGAUGUUCUGGGCUCUAUCUUGCACAGUUUAGGUUAACUUCGCCCUAUCUUUUAGCAAGUGGAGAUGGUUCGAAGAAUGCUACUGUCUCUGGUGAUGUAUUUAUUCAUCCUUCUGCAAAAGCUCAUCCAACUGCUAAAAUUGGUCCGAAUGUUUCAAUCUCAGCCAAUGCUCGGAUAGGAGCUGGGGCGAGGCUUGUCAGCUGCAUUAUCCUUGAUGAUGUUGAUAUCCAGGAAAAUGCUGUCGUCAUUCAUGCAAUUGUUGGAUGGAAGUCCUCCAUCGGAAGGUGGUCUAGGGUCCAGGCUUCGGGAGAUUACAGCGCGAAACUUGGGGUUACAAUUCUAGGAGAAUCUGUGACUGUUGAAGAUGAAGUUGUGGUGACCAAUAGCAUUGUACUUCCACACAAGACUCUCAAUGUCAGUGUUCAAGACGAAAUCAUAUUGUAACUCUGUCUAUAGCUACAAUCAUAUUUUACCACACGGUGUAUUCAUUCUUACAGGAAUUUCUAACAUCGAUUUUGUUCAUAUCAUUCUGCAAAUUGAAUUCUUCUUUAUUUUUCAUAAUAAAACAAAGUGUGUUCAUGAGA